GUUUAAAAGAACCACGUAGUUUUUCGGCAAUGGCUUUAUCUGUUACGGUAGAAGAUGAAGAAAGUUUACGACAGCAAUGUGAAAAUGCCUCCUUAGAAGACACAUCACAAACUACUAAGAAAAUGGAGCAAAAAGCAGUCCUACCACCCAUUAAACUAGGUAUGUCUUUUAGUGAUUGGAAGCAAAUGAAAGAAGCAGGCGAAGAUAACAAUUCAAGAUCCGCAAAAGUUGUAAAGCCAACUGGUCUACUUAGGCAAAAUCGACACAAUAACAACUCGUCAUCUGAACAUAGUCAACAAAGACGACCACAACAACAAAAUUUACCUAAUUUUAAUGCAUUCCCUAAACGUCAAAACCAAAGAAGUGACCGCAACUUCUUUCAAGAUCCCAUGAUACCACCAAUAAUGUCGCCAUCGUCUUAUGAUGAUCAUCAAUGGUCGUCUGGACCUCUAAUGCAGCCCAUGUUUCCACCAAUGCCUCGAAUGCCACGGUUAAAUCAAUAUAGUAUACGUAUAAACCAAUCUGGACAAUAUAAUAACCGAUUCCCUUUGGAAAUUCGUACAUUGACGCGUGUUAAACCGAAAUCCGGGCAAAUGAAUUCAACUGCGUCCCAGAAAGAACAAAAGCCUAAUAGUAUAAAAACAGCCACCACUGCGGACACAAAAAUAUCAAUCCAAGAAAAUAGAACUCAACCGCAAAUUUAUGUUCAACGACCCCGUAAUGCUAUGAAUAAAAAUGAUAAGCUUAAAUCCAACUGGAUAAUAAAACCUCAAGCACCACCACCUAUGCAAGCAAAUACGCCGGAAUUACGAGAAGAAAAGCAACGUAUGUGGCGAGAAUACCGUCAAGCUAUGAAGCCAUUUAAAAAUCGCGAAUUUUCAAAUGCCAAAAGGGUUGUGCAGCGGCUGGGUAAAAAGAACUAUGAAGAAUUGGAUGAAAAGGAUCGUUCACGUCUAGACCGAGCCUGGGAAGCUGUAAAUGCACAUAAGGACAUGUUAAAUGCACGAGUGGAACAACGAUCGACUCGAAUCGAACAACAAUUAAAAACUGGAACAACUGAAACCAGCAAUGGACCGACCACAAAUGGAGUCGAACCACUAACAAGUUGGCACUUAAAUACUUCAUCAUAUACCACUAUUUGGAACAGUGGUGGUACACAAAACGCUCCUCAUUCGUUUCGUCAUGUGCCCCUAAUGGGAAGCUUCGUACCUGCACAUUUGUGGAACACGACGCCAGUUUUAACAAAUCCGAGAUCUUAAGCAAAAACAUAUUUUUGGAAACUUACAGAUAUAAGUUAGUUUUUAAGGUAUUAGGUAAAAUUUGUUAGAUCGUUGCCAGAAUGAUAAUAAAUUGGCUUCGAAGUAUGAUUUAUGCAAUCAGAACUUUUUUUAUGAAGCAAAAAGCUUA